CACUGAUCAACAUUUCUUCAUUGGUGCACAGGACGUCAAGUAACUUCAUAUUUUUCUGGAGAAGGAGAAGAGUGAAGAAUUGAUGAUGAAGUCCCUCUACGUUUGUCUUUCUGCAGUCCUCCUGUCAGUCUCAGUGCAGGCUUACAAGAUGUCUGUUAAUGGUUGGUCAAUGACAAUCGCGGAUGGAGUGUGGGCUGAGGAAGGAGGCUCCGCUGUCUUACCCUGCAGCUUCACCCACCCUGACACUCACCUCACACUCACCGGCUCCAUCUUAUGGUACAAGGAGGAAACACGGGCUUUUAUCUUUAAGUGUACAUAUCCUGGUCCAGACCAUUCCCAGGGUGAGCUGUGUGAGAAUGUGAGACGGCGGGAUGGUGGGAAUCGAUUCAGAUUCGUGGGGAGUCUCACCAACAAAGAUGCCUCAGUAAUGAUGGAGGGACUGAGCCGGGAGGAUGCUGGUUUCUAUCGGUGUCGAGUGGAGCUCAAUAUCGGCAAUUUGCAAACAAGGUAUCGAACACGCCUGGAAGUGGAAGCUGCUCAGGGAAAUGUCCCAGUGGUGAGUGGGACAGAGGGAGAUUCAGUUACUUUACCCUGUAUCUUCAGUCGCUGGGACUCCUACACCCUGACCACUGUUUCCUGGAUGAGGAAGGAGCCCUACCAACACAUCGUUACAUUUACAGCCCAAUCACAGGGAACUUGGACAACUGGACACGGUGGAAAUCUGUACGAGCUCAUCGGGAACCCAGAGGAGGGAAACGCCUCGACCAGGAUAAACCAGCUGAGUGUGAGGGACAAUCACACUUACCUGUGUCUGGUGGAAUACAGGUCAAGAUUCAACUCUCAGUAUCUGAUCCAGAAAGAGACUCGGCUGCAGGUACAUGCUUUGUCUGCUUAUGGUUGGUCAAUGACAAUCGCGGAUGGAGUGUGGGCUGAGGAAGGAGGCUCUGCUGUCUUACCCUGCAGCUUCACCCACCCUGACACUCACCUCACACUCACCGGCUCCAUCUUAUGGUACAAGAAGGAAACACGGGCUUUUAUCUUUAAGUGUACAUAUCCUGGUCCAGAUCAUUCCCAGGGUGAGCUGUGUGAGAAUGUGAUACAGCGGCACGGUGGGAAUCGAUUCAGAUUCGUGGGGAACCUCAGCAACAAAGAUGUCUCAGUUAUGAUGGAGGGACUGAGCCGGGAGGAUGUUGGUUCCUAUCGGUGUCGUGUGGAGCUCAAUAUCGGCAAGUUUCAAUCAUGGUAUGGAACACGCCUGGAAGUGGAAGCUGCUCAGGGAAAUGUCCCAGUGGUGAGUGGGACAGAGGGAGAUUCAGUUACUUUACCCUGUAUCUUCAGUCGCUGGUACUACCCUACCCUGACCACUGUUACCUGGAUGAGGAAGGAGCCCUACCAACACAUCGUUACAUUUACAGCCCAAUCACAGGGAACUUGGAGAACUGGACACGGUGGAAAUCGAUACGAGCUCAUCGGGAACCCAGAGGAGGGAAACGCCUCGACCAGGAUAAACCAGCUGAGUGUGAGGGACAAUCACACUUACCUGUGUCUGGUGGAAUACAGAUCAGAACCGGAUUAUCAGUAUCUGAUCCAGAAAGAGACUCGGUUGCAGGUACAUGCUUUGUCUGCUUCUGGUUGGUCAAUGACAAUCGCGGAUGGAGUGUGGGCUGAGGAAGGAGGCUCCGCUGUCUUACCCUGCAGCUUCACCCACCCUGACACUCACCUCACACUCACCGGCUCCAUCUUAUGGUACAAGGGGAGAUCACGGUCUUAUAUCUUUAAGUGUACAUAUCCUGGUCCAGACCAUUCCCAGGGUGAGCUGUGUGAGAAUGUGAGACAGUGGGACGGUGGGAAUCGAUUCAGAUUCGUGGGGAUUCUCACCAACAAAGAUGCCUCAAUAAUGAUGGAGGGACUGAGCCGGGAGAAUGCUGGUUCCUAUCGGUGUCGUGUGGAGCUCAAUAUCGGCAAAUUUGGAUCUGGAAAAGGAACAAGCCUGAAAGUGAAAGCUGCUCAGGGAAAUGUCUCAGUGGUGAGUGGGACAGAGGGAGAUUCAGUUACUUUACCCUGUAUCUUCAGUCGCUGGGACUCCCACACCCUGACCACUGUUACCUGGAUGAGGAAGGAGCCCUACCAACACAUUGUUACAUUUACAGCCCAAUCACAGGGAAAUUGGACAACUGGACACGGUGGAAAUCGGUACGAGCUCAUCGGGAACCCAGAGGAGGGAAACGCCUCGACCAGGAUAAACCAGCUGAGUGUGAGGGACAAUCACACUUACCUGUGUCUGGUGGAAUACAGGUCAGAACACAAUCUUUUGUAUCUGAUCCAGAAAGAGACUCGGCUGCAGGUACAUGUGAAGACUCAGCCUGCUCAGUAUGUCUCAGUAUAUUCGCUGGUCAUUCCACUGCUCAUCCUCCUCCUCCUCCUCAUCAUCAUUGUCAUCAUCUUCAUCACCUUCAGGAAGAAAGGAGGGGGUUCACAACAAAUGGAUCUGACCGCAGCUUUGAAAAGGAAUGAUCCAGGUUCAUCCAGCAUUCCCGGGACUGAUCAGGCCCAGCAGCUCACUGUUCCAGAUCAGGACAGUUCCAUCCUCUAUGCCGAGAUUGACAGCAACAGAACAGGUGGCAAGAGAUUCACAAACAGUCUGUCAGAAGACCGUGAGUCAACGUUUGUUUCUAUAUUGAGAAAAUAUAUUGUUUGA